AUUUUUGUCACAGAACGUUUGUGUCAUCUGUCUUAACAGAACGUGCAGCUUCGCGCGACACCAACUUUUGAGUCAUCUGCGCAAAUGUUGCGCGCGCUUCUACCCCUGCUUGCUGCGUGCACGAGCACGCUGGUGAGCGGGGAACGAACGAAGGUGUGCUGUUUCCAGUCGAAUGAGUCCAACAAGUCUGUGUACGACUACAGCCCGUACGACAUCCACGGCGAAAACAAGGUGAACCUCUCCGACUACAGGGGCCAGAUUCUGUUGAUCGUCAACGUGGCGGGCUUUCAAGAGCCCGGAAACAACAGUACAGAAAUUCUAAACCACCUGAAAUACGUCAGACCCGGUCAGGGGUUCCAGCCAAACUUUCCUCUACUCAAAAAGCUAGAAGUGAAUGGAGAGAACGAACACCCGCUCUACACGUAUUUAAAGCACUUCCUGAAUGCACUCAACAGGGACUACAAGAAUUUCAGCGUCAUUGGGGUUCCUUGUAACCAGUUCGGUUUGCAAGAGCCCGGAAAGAACAGUACAGAAAUUCUAAACCACCUGAAAUACGUCAGACCCGGUCAGGGGUUCCAGCCAAACUUUCCUCUACUCAAAAAGCUAGACGUGAAUGGAGAGAACGAACACCCGCUCUACACGUAUUUAAAGUCAUUCUGCCCUUCGCCCAGAGAAGAUUUCUACGAGGCAGGAAAACGUAUUUUCUACUAUCCAAUGAAGAGCUCCGACAUUCGGUGGAAUUUUGAAAAGUUUCUCAUCAACGGUCAGGGCAAGCCAGUGAUACGUUACGUCACGUACGCGCCAUUGGAGGAAAUUACCAAAGACAUUGAACAGUUGUUAGACGAAUUAUAAUC